AUGACCGUCCCCCUCGAAGCGAAAUGUACGGUAACGGUCACGGAUUUCUCCAAAACCACAUGUCGCCAAACCGAAGAAAUGGACAACUCCCGCUUUAUCGAUUUUCUCGACCAAGAUUCCCCACGCGAAGGUAAAGUGCGUUGGAUCAACGUCAAUGGUCACAGUUGGGACGUUAUCAGGGAUUUGGCGAUGAAGUAUGAUUUACAUCGAUUGGCGGUGGAGGAUUUAUUGCAUAUUCCGCAACGAACGAAGGUUGAUCAAUACUCAACUCACACGUUCAUUUGUCUUAACCUUCACACGCUAAUCUACAACACCGGCCACGAUACGCCCGAGAAAAUCGACGAGAAACCACCCUCGGAUUCGCCUCGGUCAUAUGCUUCUAACCUCUGGAAAGCCUGGAGAAAAGAACGUAUCAUGAACGAACAAGACCUGGAUGAGGCAGCUGCUGCGGCGGCAGGGAUGGCACCUGAGGAAUUGCCGAGACGGACGUUGCAGAGGAUGCAUCAUCAUAACGUCAAGUCUGUCUUUCUGGACUCGCAUCAGAGUUUGAAAUCGAGGGGAAUGGCAGUCGCAGUGGAACAAGUGAGUAUCUUCCUCAUGGACGACAACACCGUUAUCUCAGUCUUCGAACACUCCGCCCCCAUCGUCGCCGAACCAAUCGUCAAACGCCUCCUAACCCGCAACACACUCCUCCGCUCUUCACAAGAUGCGUCAUUAUUGGUACAGAGUAUCUUAGACGGAAUUGUGGAUUUGGCGUUUCCAAUUAUCUCGACAUAUCAAGAACAUCUAUCAGAGUUGGAGAUUGAUGUGUUGACGACGCCGGAGAUGGCGCAUACCCGACAACUCCACAUUCUCUCCGGCGAACUGAAUUUGUUGAAGAGAACGUUAUCGCCCAUCACGUCAAUCGUCAACUCCCUACGCGACCACUCCAAAACCGUCAAGAUCAGUGAAGAUGGAAGACCAGGAAGUCCACAUGGCGGGGAAAUCAGCGAUCUGGCAAGGAUCUACUUGGCGGAUGUGGCAGAUCAUGUUCAGACGCUCGUGGAGAAUAUCGAGAUGAUGAAAUCACAGACAGACAGUUCGACGGAUUUGAUUUUCAAUACAAUGGCGACACUGCAGAACGAGAGUAUGAAACAAUUGACAUUGGUCACCUUGGUCUUCCUUCCCCUUACUUUCUUGACAGGCUACUUCGGGAUGAACUUCACCCAAUUCGGGGCCCUCGAUCACGAUCUUCGCUAUUUCUGGCAAAUUGCGGGACCGACGACGGGGGCGGUGGUGUUGAUGGUUAGUUAUGGAUGGUUGAAGAGGCAUUUGGUCAAGACUGUGAGGAGGGUCGAGAAGAAAAUUACGAGAACGCUGGAGGAGGAGGUUAUGCAAAAGGAGGGGUUUGGACCGCGUUGGGUCAGUAAGUGA